AUGCGCUUUUUAAGACGGCCAGGAGCGCCUGCAAGCUGGAUCUGGUGGAGGAUGCUGCUGCGGCAGGUGCUUCGCAGAGGGCUCCAGUCGUUCUGCCACAGGCUGGGCUUGUGCGUGAGCCGGCACCCCGUCUUCUUCCUCACCGUGCCCGCGGUCCUGACCAUCACCUUCGGCCUCAGCGUGCUCAACCACUUCCAGCCCGAGGGCGACCUGGAGCGCCUGGUCGCUCCCAGCCACAGCCUGGCCAAGAUCGAGCGCAGCCUGGCCGGCAGCCUUUUCCCCCUGGACCAGUCCAAAAGCCAGCUCUAUUCGGACUUGCACACCCCCGGGAGGUAUGGCAGGUUGAUCCUCCUCUCCCAGCCCGGGGACAAUAUUUUGCUCCAUGCGGAGGGGAUCCUGCAGACCCACCGAGCCGUGCUGGAAAUGAAGGAUGGGAGGAACAGUUUUAUUGGACACCAACUGGGCGGGGUAGUAGAAGUGCCAAACAGCAAGGACCAACGGGUCAAGUCAGCCAGAGCCAUUCAAAUCACCUACUACCUCCAGACCUAUGGCUCUGCCACCCAGGACCUCUUAGGGGAGAAGUGGGAGAAUGAGUUCUGUAAGCUUAUGAGGAAGCUCCAGGAAGAGCACCAGGAACUCCAGCUCUACCAUUUAGCAUCCUUUAGCCUCUGGAGAGACUUUCAUAAGAGCAGCAUCCUGGCCAGGAGCAAGGUCCUGGUGAGCCUUGUGCUGAUCUUGACCACAGCCACCCUCUCCAGCUCCAUGAAGGACUGUUUGCGCAGUAAGCCCUUCCUAGGCCUCCUGGGGGUGCUCACGGUAUGCAUCUCCCUCAUCACAGCAGCGGGGAUCUUCUUCAUCACAGAUGGGAAGUACAACUCCACCCUGCUGGGAAUCCCCUUCUUCGCCAUGGGUAACUAUCCAUCCUUGUGGUAA